AUGUGUCAACCCCUGGUUAUUAUUUAUGCCGAGUCCCUUAUCCUCAUCAAAGUCCCGGAGGAAACCAACAUCGGUGGCAUGGUGCUAGAAGAUGGCUGGUGCCAGCUGACAGCACAAGACCCGACUUACCCGAAGGAUGUCCCGUUGUACAAAUCCCCUCAGUUUGAUGUUGGCUCGGUUGAAUUCGAUCCUUAUCUAGUGACUGGAUCAAAAGGAGGCGCUGUUAAGAAGUACAACAUCAAAGUCAAUGUGUGGUUUUGUCCAGCGAAAACCAACUGUGGCAUCCAUAACCACCACACGGUCCCAGAAAUGCUUGAGGUACACACACAGAUUUAUGGAACGGGAAGAAUGCAGAAGUUUCACGAGAAGGAGUUCAAGAGCAUCUAUGAAGAUGUAAUAAUGUGUCCUGGCUUCACUCAUGAGCCCUUCGCUGGCGUCAGGGAAAACGGCGACAUCUACUAUGGCUGGCAUCAGUAUUAUUCUGAUACCGAUUGCAUCUGGAUGGCAAUCGAGCAUCACCCAGCUUAAUUCGGCGAAAACUCGGUGAUUUUGGAGAAUCUCUCGGCCGAUCUUAAACAAGAAAUAGUAAUCAAGUAACAUACAAUUUAGAUUUAGUAAGAAGAACUUCAUAUUUUCUAUUUCACACAAACAAAAAUCGGAAACGCUUCACAACUGUCGAAUGUUGACAUUUCUUUGGAAAAGAAAAAAGGCAGAAUUCUUUACAUCCUUUUAUUUCACUUGAAAAGCAGCUAAACCAGAACUUUACUGUAGUACGUUGACAGUCGUUUGGAAAUUUAGCUCAUCGAAGAAGAGAAAAUAUAAUAGGAUAUGUUUUCAGAUCAUUACUCGUUGAUCAAUACAAUACAAAACAGUAGCAGCUUAGUUUUAUCUUGCAUGCCUCGAUUGGAAUAAAUGAAGGGUAAAAGGUGGAGAGACCA